CCUCUGCAUCCAGACACCAUGGCAGCCGCUGACAGUGCCACUUGCGCUGCCAGCGCUGACGACAUUGUUGAGAUGCCUUCUCAUUAUCCAACUUCCGAGGCACUCGUUAUUACUAAUGAUGGCGGCAAUCAGAACAAGCACACUCGCCUCUGCUUUGCGCCAACCGAGCAGGCAUACAACCAUGGAUCGGACCGCGUGCGUCCCCUUCGCACCAUGCCGUUCGACUCUGGGACCCGCGUAUGGCCACAUCCCAGCUUCAAUGAACUGCUCGCACGCUCUCUCACCGGAGACCCGAGGUUUCCACUUCCAGAUACAAUGGCCAAGGAGAACCGAUUCCAGAACUUGCGUUUGCGGUGCUGUAGUGAUAGCUGUUGUCCAACCACCCACAGCCCCUUUGUAGAGUACGAGAAACCUUCUCGUCUCGAGGCACUUGCUUUUAACCGCACGCAGAAUGUCAUCAUAUACCCUUUCUAUGUUCGUUUGUCCAAAGGUACCGGACCGCAGAAACUCUUUGCCAUUGUACGUCGUCAUGAGAAUGGCGAAUACCGGUUCUGGAAAGCCGACGGCACUUAUCACGAGUCCUAUGGCCUUGUCAAAGGAAGUGUUUCUCUCUUCCAAAGCCCUAGGUCCGCUCGCAGCACCAACAUUGGCAGUUUGGCCUCUUUGAAGAAAACUUCGACAAGAACACCCAACAAACCUGGUAGUCCAGCAGCACAUCUAGUCGUUGAUCUUGACGACACGCCAUUGCGAGUUCUACAGAAGGCACGCGCACUCACAAGAAGCAGAAACAUGGAAGCACAGCUCGUGAAUGGCUUGGACGAAGACCUUUCUGGGCACACUCCUGAGCCUCCAUUCAAAAGACGGGUCAUCGCAGGCUCAUCCGUGCCACAAGUUGGAAAAAGUGGCCACGCAAACAACUUACACUCAGUCACAUCGUACUCCAUGGGUGCGCUGAGAAAGCCCAGUGCUAGCGACCUCUCCACAACUCCGACCAGGCAGCAGCAGUCGAGCCACUCUGGCAUACAGAGACCCACUCGCUCCCUAUUGCACAUCAACGAAGUAUGCAUGCUUGCCUAUCAUCUUACUGAGCAGGGUCUGAAAUUGAUGUACCGAACCGUUGUCUUCACUAUCGAGUCUGUUGAAGGCUCUUUGAUCAAUCCUACAACUGGAUGUCCAUUUGAGAUGACCGAGAAGCAUUUACAGUAUGUGCUGUACAGCAGUCAAAAGUCCCUCAAGGUCAUCAUGAGCCAGAACGCAACUUGGAGUAUAACCAAGUCAGACGACAACAUCGCUGGAGGCAUCAUUCUGCUGGAGUUUGGUGGUGUCAGUGCUCGUGACGAGUUCAUAGCUCGUAUCAAGCACAUGGUCGGGAUGACUGUAGGAAGCAUCGGCUGCGCUGAUGACUUGAUGAUUGAACCAAUGUACAAUGAGCUCCUGGAACAGCUCAACAGAAACCAAAAUGCUAUGCUCGAUCCUAAAAAUGAGAACAACACCACUAAUCAGCAAUUGGCCAAGCGGACCCAGUCGCUUUCUGCAGAGAACAAUUCUUGCGCCGAGGGCAGAAAAGCCAUAUCCUGCCCUCCAGGUGUGACCGAGAUUGCCUCGUGUCAGGCAUCAGCAACUCCUGUAGUUUCGAAACCUGCCAAACACCCGGUCAUCCCGAUGUCAGUCGAGUCAACUCAGCCACGUCUACCAACCAAGCCGUCGACCUCCUCGAAUACUUUCCAAGCGGUCACGGCCAGUUUGGCGGGCUCACUAUCCAGCCAGAGCCGGAAGAAAACAGACAAGGAUCCAUCUGAGUCCAAGACCUUGACUAGUGAAGCAGAGAUGAAAAAGCAAAUGCUGAGCUUGUUGCGUGAGGUCUACGCCAAGUAUCCGAGCGCUCAGGAUGACGACCAGAUUGAGAAUAUGGCGCUUUUGUUGAAGGCACCUCUUCUUACUGGAGACGAGGAACGCGUCAGAGAGCUGAAGAUGGAUUUGAAGGUGUAUCUGAUUUCACAUCACGGUUAG